AUACGGACACAUUCGGCAUCAUGAUUGAAAACAGAUUUAACCAACCCAAUUCCGAGCUGGGCCGAGACCCAACAGCAUUAUCCACAACCAAAAAUCUCAAUUCGUCAAAAAACAUCAAGCAUCAUCGUCAGCUGCAAAACGUCGACGGAGAAGAUGAAGCUAGGACUUCUGUCAUGGAGUCACGCGACAUUCCUCUCACUCCCUUUCCCGCCAAUCCCCAAACCCAAAUAUCCAACAAUCACCGUGACGCUCAAUUCAGUGGACGAAAGCCCGGCUACGGGUAGAGAGAGACGGCAGAUGAGGAAGGAGAGAAGAGAGGGGAAGCCCGCCUACAACUGGAAGGAGGAGGUCGAGAUGAAGCUCAUCAAGAAGCCCAAGAAGCGGUACGUGUCUUGGAUGGAUGAGCUGAAUUUGGACAAUCUCGCCUUGCUCGGGCCCCAGUGGUGGGUCGUUCGUGUUUCCAGAGUUUCGGGCCACGAAACGGCCGAAAGAGUGGCCCGCUUGAUGGCCCGGACCUUCCCCAAUAUCGAAUUCAAGGUUUAUAGUCCAUCCGUCCAAAUCAAAAGAAAACUGAAAAAUGGCACACUCUCCGUUAAACCAAAACCAAUCUUCCCUGGAUGCAUGUUUCUGAAAUGUGUGAUGAACAAGGAGGUACACGACUUCAUACGAGAAUGUGAGGGGGUUGGAGGGUUUAUUGGAUCAAAGGUUGGAAAUACAAAGCGCCAGAUCAAUAAACCUAGGCCAGUAGAUGAAGAUGACAUGGAAGCGAUAUUCAAACAAGCAAAGGAAGAGCAGGGCAAAGCUGAUCAAGCAUUUGAAGAAGAGCAAUUAAAGGCCGAAGCUUCCAAUCCUGAGAAACCUGGUGUAGAGUCUCCUUUGGUCUCUCAAAAUAUUACACAGACAAAUACCUCAAAAAAGACUGGAGGCAGAGGUAGAAAAGGUGGGAAAGCAGCAAAAGAGGGAAAGACUAUCUCCAUGAAACUCGGUUCGACUGUACAAGUUACGUCUGGAGCAUUUGCUGGAUUUUCUGGCACCCUUAAAAAGCUUGAUGGCAAGACGGGGCUGGCGACCGUUGGAUUUACACUUUUUGGGAAGGAAACUUUAGCGGAUAUUGACACCAAGGAAAUUGUUGCUGAGACGAGUUGACACACAACUACUUGCAGACCUCUUAGAUGGUAAAUUACAUUGAUUAACGGGAGAUAGUUCGUGUCUAAAACUUAUGGCGAGACCCCUCGAAUGGCCAGGAAAAAUUCAGCUGACCAACAAUUAUGCUACUGGAUACAUCUCCUCCACCUGAUACGCUACCAAAAUAAGAAUCUACGACCAAGAUAUUUAGGCAUUGCCAUAAUCUUAUGAUGAAAAAUAUCCAUCUCCAUUGUGGUUGUUGUGUGACAUGAAAAGAAGAUAACUAGCACGUUCUUAAUAGGUGAAGAGGGCAUUGGUAAAUCCCAUAUUUGUUAGUUAGAAGGAAAUAUUUGUGUUUAGAUGUGCAUUGAUCUUUUAUGCUUGCUUGUUCAUCACUAUUCCUCUAUUUUUUUUUCCUUCCAUUUGCAGAGAUAAUUUGCUCAGUUGCUGUAGUUGGUCACUUUUGCUUUUAUCUAAUGCUUAACAGCUACUUUGAUUUUUA